UUGAUGUGAAGAAAAUUUAUUUGAGAAAGUUUUCUCUUGGGUUUUUUGUGAUGAAAGGUGUGAGAAAAUGUGAUUGCGAGUUUGUGAAAAUGUGAAAAAGAUGUCCCAGUGUUGAUUUCCUGUCGAGGGAAAGCCACAAUAUACGUGAAUCAUUCCGAAAAUUGGUGUUUUUCCAACCAUCAUUACAUUUUGAGCUCUCGCAACUAUACUUUCUCACUUGUAUAUGAACAUAGUUCCACCACCAGAGAGCUUAGAGCGGCAUUUGCUUUCUUCCUCCCACAUAGACAAAUCCACAACAAAAUGAACAUAAUGCGGAAGCUACGGAGUGGGGCUGUUGCCAGCGACAGCAGCUCCGGGGAAUUGUCUCUUGAAUCCUCCUCCCACACCGAAUUGGGGCUUAUGCACCUCAAGAAGCUCUUCAAUGAGUACACCCACCCCAAGGAGCCGCUAAGUGAGACAGAACGCGACUAUAAGCUGUACAACAUGCUGCCGCUUUUUUGCAAAGUGUUCGGUUCAACAAAUAGCGCUGAUAUGAAUGAGCAAUUCUGGGAUAUUCUGGCCUUUGCACAGCAAGUUUCACGCCUGAUGGUGUCUGAAAUUCGUCGAAGGGCUUCGAAUCAGAGCACCGAGGCGGCGUCCAUUGCAAUCGUGAAGUUCUUUGAGAUUGAAAAUAGUGAGGAGUCAAGCAAUGGAUGGAUGUUGCUGUCGGCAAUAAAUUUACUCGCUGUGGGGGAUGCUUCGCUCAUUCAGGUCAUGACAACAGCUUCAGUACCGUCGACACUUGUCAAGUGUCUCUAUUUGUUCUUUGAUCUGCCCGAGAUCCCCGAAGAGGUGGCCGAUCGUGAUGAUGGGAGUGAAUUUACGCCACGCGAAAGACGAAUUUUGCUGCAAAAAAUCUUCGUGCAGGUCCUCGUGAAACUCUGCUCGUACCCAUAUCCAGCUGAAGAACUCGCACGUAUGGAUGAUCUCACACUCCUCUUCUCAGCCAUUACAUCCCAAUGUCCGGCACACAAUGUUAUGUGGAGGAAAUCAGCAGCAGAAGUCCUCACAACGCUCUCAAGGCAUGGGCUAACGGUACCAGUUGUCUCCUACAUUCACUCAAAAGGAUGCGUUGCUUUGUGCAUUGAUAACAUGCAGAGGGUGCCACAAUUGACACCAUUGGAGGUUGUUGAGAUGCUUGUGGCUGUUUUCUGCUUCCUCAAGGAUUCAAGUGAAGUUUCUGAGAUUCUCUUGGAUGACUUUCGUGCAUGCCAAGGCUACAGUUUCCUCGCGGAUUUCCUUAUCAAGCUCGAUAGUGAGCGUCAGAUGAAUACGGAAGCUCAAGCAGCUAUACGGAAUCUCGUUCUAAUGAUUGCCUCACUCUGUAUGUGUGGCUACAAAGAAUUACGCCCAAAUAUCAAUCAAUCGGGCUCUCUGUUUCAAAUGCAGGGCUUUACAAUGCCCCAAACAUCCUCACGUGGCACGUGUAUACGCAACGUUCAUGCAUUCCAAGUACUCCAGACGAUUUUCCUCAAAUCCAACUCAACGCCACUCUGCUGCAAUAUUCUCGAUGCAAUUUCAAGUGUGUACCAUUCGGAUAAUGCCAAUUACUUCAUUCUCGAAUCCCAGAAUACGCUGUGUCAAUUCACGGAGAAGAUUCAUGCAAAAAGUCAGGAGAUUCAGGAGAAAUUCUUCGAAUUGUUGGAAUUUAUUGUGUUCCAAUUGAACUUUGUACCGUGCAAAGAAUUGAUAUCAAUGUCAAUUUUGCUAAAGAGCAACCUCUCAAUUGAUUGUAGUAUCACCUGUAUGAAGACACUGCUCAAUAUUCUCAAACACAACAACGUCUUCAAGGAUGCUUACCGUGAGGUGGGAAUCCUGGAGGUAUUUGUGGCCUGCCUGCAGCGCUAUGAGACAUUCCUCAUGAAGUACAUUGGGGAGCAUGGGAAGAGUGUUGAGGAUGAUUUACGCGUGGAAUUGGAGGGGAAUCAGAGUGAGAAUCUCGGACGGAUGAUCAUGAAUGCCCUGACAAUGCUCCUCAAUGCCAACAAUGCGAAUGCAAAUGUUUUCCGGGAGAGCGGAGGGGCUAAAUGUGUGCACGAUAUGGUUAAAUUUGGGCACUGUCGUGAAGCUGUUUUGGGGAUUGUGCGGGAGUUAAUUUUGUCAGCUGGUGGUGAUGAUGAUAUGCUAUUUAUUCUCAGUACAAUGCAUUCGGCGCCAUCGUGUAAGAUUCAGCUGAAGAUACAAAUUCUAAAAAUUCUCCUUGGUUGCCUCCGUGAUAGCCAUAGGACACGAACAAUCUUCCGGAAGGUUGGGGGCUUUGUCUAUGUGACGAGUGUUUUUGUCUCCCUCGAUCGGGUAUUGGGGAAUGUUGUGAAGCAGGAGGUUGUAAAUGAGGGAGAUGCAACAGAGGGGAGUAUUGAUUUUUGUACACUCCUCCAACUACUCAACAUUGUCUGCCAAACUCUGGCCACGGCGAUGCGUUUUGAGCCGGCAAAUGCAAAAUUCUUCCAUCAGGAAAUCUGCAGUACGUCCUUUUGUGACACAUUGCGCCUCCUGGGGUGCUUCGGGACGCGCACACAGUUGGAGACACUCACGGAAAUUCCGGGGAAUCUCGAAGAGUAUCAAGCGUACUUCCACACAAUCUUCAUUGGGAAUGUGUUGGAACCGGAAGUGAGGGAAGAUAUUCCACUUUCACUCAUCCUGGCAUGCCUAAUUUAUCGCUUGCUGUACGAUAUUGCCAUUGAUAACUUUGAUAAGCCCAAUUUGAGUGGAGUAAUGGGGAUUCUGGCACAGAGUGGGCAGCAAAAGGUGGCGAAAGUUGUGGCAAAAUCCGGUGAUAUUCGCAGUUCGAUACAGAGUUUGAAUCUCAGUCAGCAACCACCGGAACCGCUGAUUGUGCAUCCGGGUGUCGUUAUGUGUAUGCUGCAGCUACUUCCGUCAAUUGAAUGCGAUGGGCACGAGGAGGUGAGUUAUGCCCUGCAAACGUACACGGCUGAGGUGAUAAAGAGUCUCGUGCGGAGUGAGAGGAAUCAGCAGAUUAUGUGUGAGGCCGGUCUUGCGGGGCAGCUGCUCAAGCUCGGCUCAAAUCCCCUCAAUGAUGAGCAGAAUCUUCUGCAUAUUCCUCUUCAGUAUGUGUUGGAGCGUUUAGCAGCACAAGCACUGCAACCGGCAGAGCUGAGGGCUUUCCUGAGGUUGGGUAAUCCACUUUAUUGCCUCAGUCCGGACUUUCAGGCACCCUACCGUCCGGGAGGUUCUGUCCCCCUGACGAGGAUUAAGACUCUCGUCUCAAUGACAACCCCGAGGGAUUUUCGUGCUCAUGGCUCGUGCACAUUGCCGCCAUUUAUUGAAAUGGAUAUGUCCUCUGAGGGCUUUGCGAGUAUCUUCCUGCCCAGUAUUGCUCCUCAAGCCCCAAAUAUUGGUGGGAAUAUCGAUACGAAUACAAUUGGUGGCAUUGGAGCGGGUGACAGGAUAUUCCCCCCACAGUCUGGACUAUCCUACUCCACGUGGUUCUGUGUGGAUAAAUUCUCAGAUCCACGUACGGAUCCACACUGUGUGCGCCUCCUCACGCUCGUGCGAACGGUUAACAAUGUCCGGGAGGAUAAUCUCGUGUGCUUGACGCUUCUUCUUUCGGCACGAGAUAAGGCAAUAAUUGUGUCAACGCAGGAAACAAUCGUUCCACCCAAUGCUGGGGAAUGGGAGCCCGAUGGAACGGGUGAUAGUGGAGCGAGAAUUUGGUGUCCGGAUCUCCUGCACGAGGGGCAAUGGCAUCAUCUUGUUGUCGUCCUGAAUCGUGCUGUGCUGAAGAAUUCGAGUUUCUCCCUCUUCCUCGAUGGGCAGCACAUGCAUACGCAGAAAUUGCAUUUUAUCUCCCAAAAUCCCGGCGCGGGAGCUGCUAAUCUCACUGUUGCCACGUCUGUUUAUGCCUUCAUUGGGACCCCACCAGCAUGGAGGAGGUAUUCACGCCUCUGCUGGAAGCAGGGUGUUUGUCAUCUCAUUGAGGAUGUCAUUAGUCCGCAAAUGGUGGUGACAAUCUUCAAUUUAGGGCCCCACUACAUGGGUUCGUUGCAGGCACCACAGGUCCGGAAGCAAAUGGAACCCCUUGGGCCGCUCAUCCCGGAGGAAAGGGUGAUGUUUGGGCUGAAUGCCAAAGCAAUCUCGCAGCUAACUCUGGCAAAGAUACGCAAAGUCUACAGCAGGGCGGAUAAUAAGACAAUAGCAAAGCAACUGGGGAUGAGUUCGCAUGAGAAUGCCACUCCCAUAAGGAUUCUUCACAAUUCCGCUGGACACUUGGCGGGUCCUGCGAGAUCCUUGGGGGGUGUUUUGGUGGGAUAUCUCGGGGUGAGGGUAUUCAGUCCGCAUCCAGUGUCGGCAAUGAUUGAAACAGUUGGUGGCUGUAGUAUCCUGUUGGGGAUAAUUGGAAUGGCUCAGGAUGUUGAGAGUCUCUACGCUGGGGUGAAGGCCCUGACGUGUGUUGUGCGCAGCAAUAGGGCGACACAGAGUGAGAUGGACAGGAAGCGGGGAUACCAAACACUCGGGAUGUUCUUUAAGAAGAAGAAAAACCUCCUAAAUUCCCACAUUCUCCAUUUGACCUUCAGCCUCGUGGGAACGGUGAAUAGUGGGCAGGAAACAUCGGCAAUCCCCAAUGUGACGGCUUUUCAGGAUUUACUGUGUGAUCUGGAGGUGUGGCAGGGAAGCCCCAAUGGUUUGCUGCGUUCCCUUCUUGAGCAUCUUGUGCAGCUGGCAUCGGAAUCGAGUGAAAAGCGAACAAAUAUCAAGAUAAUGCGGGAUUUGCAGCUUGUCAUGAAGCUCCUGCAUAUAAUCUUUGACAUUCACGAUGAACCAACAACGGAGAUUCUCUUUUCGCUUCUUUCCAUCCUUCUCGGGGGGCAGCCAAGGCAUGCAGAUCUCCUACUCUUUGGGCAAUUUAUUGCAGCGAGAUUGCCGGUGGAUGAUGCGGAAAGGAAUAUUGUUUUGGGCAAUGGGGGAGAUCAGAGAGCUGGACAGAAGGACAAUAUGCGGAAUCUUGUGGUGCGCAAUCGUUGCUUCACAAUGCUCCAUUCACUCCUUUUCACGGCAAGAAAUACCGUGAAUACAAUCAUCUGUGAUGAUAUUUCCAAGGUUCUCGGACUCGAUUGGUUGCUCCUGUUUAUGCAGCCACAAAUUCACCCGACAACAGUUGUUUGGGCAAUGCGAAUUCUUAUUGUGCUGUGUGCUAAUGAGACAAUAAUUGCGCGCUUCCGCGAUGGCUCACACAAUGGUGGCUACCUUCGGCAUACGGAUAUUGUGUCACAGAAUAAGAGUAUGUCAGUUCUGGCAUCAACACAGCUGUCCACAUCAUCCCCCGUCAAUACAAGCUCAAUGAUUCAACCAGGAAUGAUCUUACCCACGCAGUUGGCGACAGAAGUGAAAACUGGGGUGCUUCAUGUACCGGGAUUUCAGUACCUUGAAUGGCUUUUGCCGUCGCAUUUGGAAAUCCCCGAGCUCUACUUCCUCCUCAUUGCCCUGAUUAUGGGACAACCCGUCAAGGGGCUGGCGUCGGAUCACAAAAAUCUCGAUUUAGACAAAGUUUGGGCUUUCCUCUGGGGUGGAACAGUCACACAGACAUCCAUUGGGUCGAUUGGACCGAAAGUAAAUCUCUGCCCCGAAGGUGUUUGUGUCCUCCUGACAAUGGUGCGACGGAUUGUGCACACAGACACAGCACUUGAGUGGCUGAAGAGUCAUCCUGUGACAAUAAUUCAAGUAAUGUUCUCCCUGUAUCACAAUCUUCCGGAUUUCAUGCCGGUUAUCAUGUCCGGGGAUGUGAUUAAUGCCCUGUCGGCCAUACUCUUUCCCGAGGGGAAAUUUGAUGCGGAAUCCGGGCCAAAUAGCCCAACGGAGGAGCAAUUGUGUUGCGUUGUGAUUCCCCCAACGCAGGAGAGCGCCCUGACGAAACAUCCCGCACGGAAGUUCAUCAUUGACUUCCUCCGGGUGAUCAUUGUGGAUUCAAUGAGUCUUUCGGCAACGGGGAAGGCAUCACCCGUUGUUGAUCUUGUCUUGGACUCAUCACCCGAAUCGAGUGAUCUCACGCAGCAAAUUGAAUUUCAAACGGAAAUCAUUUCAGCUCUAAUUGAUCAUCUUCUUGCUGCGGAUGUUCUUGUGGGUGAGCAAGCAGCCCUACCGAUUGUUCCGCUCCUUCAGAGUCACAUUCAGAAUGUUGUUCCCAAUGUUUUCUACGUCACAGCGAGGAUUGUGGAUAAAUUGUGGCAGGGAUGCCUCAAUAAGGAUCCCCAUGAGGUGUUUGAUUUCAUCGUUAAACUCAUUGGGCAGGCAAAGAGGCGAUCAUCAUCCCUGUCGCUCGAGCAGCUCCAUCAUUCGCUUAAUCGGACAAUUCUCUACCUACUUUCACGGCCUACGGAAUCCGUUGCGGAUCAAAUGGCCGUCCUGGAGGCACUACAUAAGUUAACGACUAAUCGUCUCCUAAUUUUUGGUGCUGGAAAUCAUGAAUUGGAUUUCAUUGGUUGCCUAACGUACUGCCUGCUGCAGCUGACGUCUGACAUGAAGAUCCUCUUGGAUCAGAAUACAGCUGCACGUACGACAACGUGGCACGUUAAUCCGACAAAUGAGAUGAUUGAAUCCCGCGAUGAUUUCCUCAAUCAGCAUCAGGGGAAGAAUUUAAUUGCCGGAGCGGCUUUUCGUGUCUGGGAAGAGCUGUAUGUGUGCAAGAAGCCAGCAAUUGAGGAAGUCUUCAAGAUUACACUCACACCACCAGCUAAUAAUGCCAAAGCACCCGACCUGACCGUAACAAGGGAACAAAUUCUCGAGGCAGCUACAAAACUCUGGUUCAACUACGUUGAGAGUGAGCGGAAGGCAACAUAUCGCGUUCCCUGGGAGUUUCACAAUCAAAUCCAGUCGAAAAUCCAAAAGGUCACCGGUGGUUUGACGCGACUUGCAAGCCGAACGAAGGUCAAGAAGGAAGACUACGUGAGGACAAAGAGUCAACUCACAAAGACCAAAGCAUUCCAAUGGACAGCAGUUAAUGUGGGACUGGUUAGAGAUCUCUGGGAUAUUAGGUAUGCACAGCACAAUCAGAUGAUGCAGCACAUCCGGCGGUAUGUCUAUCAGGAAUGGAUUCAAUCGGAGACAGAAUUAACGCGUGAACGUGGGCUUUGGGGUCCAGUGAGUGGAACACUGCUGGAGAAAUGGAUUUUAGAUUCAACUGAGGGGCCACACAGGAUGCGCAAGAAGACAAUGCGAAAUGAUGUGUUCUACUUUCACUACCCAUAUCGCCCGGAGUUGGAGCUACCUGACAAUCGUCAAUUAAAAUACAAAGUUGCCACGAGUUUCGAUAGUAAGUUGUAUUCGCAGUACUGCCAGCAGACCCCGCGUGUUCUGUGUGAGAUGGAUUCCCUGUUUGAGGGGCACAAGGUGGAUAAUCAGCUUUCCGUUGAGGCAGCACCGGUACUCGAGAGGACACACAGUGAACCCGGUGAGGAUGUUGAUGAGGAGGAGGAGGAAGUGUCGCAUGUGUCGGACAAUCAGACACUUUUGCGAAUGCUUGAGGAGCAAGAGAAGAUCUCCCACAUGUUUCGUUGCGCCCGGAUUCAGGGCUUGGACACGACGGAGGGAUUGCUGCUGUUUGGCAAGGAGCACUGUUACAUUGUUGAUGGGUUUACAUUGCUUAAGAAUCGCGAAAUCAGAGAUAUUGAUUCCAUUCCCAUUAGAGCGUAUGAUCCCAUUCUUCCCAAUCCCGGAAGCCCUCGGAGAUCUCAGACAAUCAGGCAAUGCUCAAAGUUCUCCUACGAGGAUAUUCGGGAAGUUCACAAGCGUCGGUAUCUUCUGCAACCCAUUGCGUUGGAAGUUUUCUCGGGGGAUGGACGAAAUUACUUGCUGAGCUUCCCACGGAAGGUGCGCAAUAAGGUGUAUCAGAGAUUCAUGUCAACGGCCACGUCAAUUGCGGAUAGUGCUCAACAAUCCGUGGCGGGGCAAAAGAGAACGGCAAGUGUGGAGCAAACUUCGGGGAUUUUUAGUAGUCUCAUUGGUGAGACGUCCGUUACUCAGCGCUGGGUACGCGGGGAGAUAUCAAAUUUUCAGUAUUUAAUGCAUUUAAAUACCCUCGCGGGACGUUCGUACAAUGAUCUCAUGCAGUAUCCCGUUUUCCCGUGGAUCCUUGCUGACUACGAGUCCGACGAGGUGGACUUUGCGAAUCCAGCUUCAUUUAGAGACUUCUCAAAGCCAAUGGGGGCACAAUCGGGGGAGCGUUUGGAGCAAUUUCAGAAGCGCUACAAGGAAUGGGAUGACCCUCAAGGGGAGACACCACCCUACCACUAUGGGACACAUUAUAGUUCAGCAAUGAUUGUCUGCAGCUACCUCGUUCGUUUGGAGCCCUUCACGCAGCACUUUUUGCGCCUCCAGGGAGGGCAUUUUGAUCUUGCCGAUCGAAUGUUUCACAGCGUCAAGGAAGCCUGGUUGUCAGCGUCAAAGUACAACAUGGCCGAUGUGAAGGAACUCAUCCCCGAGUUCUUCUACCUCCCAGAAUUCUUGGCGAAUGCAAAUAACUUUGAUUUGGGGACAAAACAAAAUGGAGAAUCUCUCGGUGAUAUUAUUCUACCGCCAUGGGCAAAGGAUGAUCCGCGGGAAUUUAUUCGGGUGCACAGGCAAGCCCUUGAGUGUGACUAUGUGAGUCAGAAUCUUCAUCAGUGGAUUGAUCUUAUCUUCGGGUACAAACAACAAGGACCAGCAGCUGUGGAUGCCGUCAAUGUGUUUCAUCAUCUGUUCUACGAAGGAAAUGUUGAUAUUUACAACAUUGAUGAUCCACUGAAGAAGAAUGCAACAAUUGGCUUUAUCAACAACUUUGGUCAGAUCCCGAAGCAACUUUUCAAGAAACCACAUCCAAGCAAAAAAAUGUCCAUUACAAAGCACGGUGGAAUUGAUCCGAAUAACCUUCUACCGGGUAGUACUGCACUCCAGUCGGAUAAACUAUUCUUCCACAAUUUGGACAAUUUAAAGCCAAGUUUGCAACCAAUAAAGGAGCUCAAAGGGCCCGUUGGGCAAAUUAUUCAACCAGAUAAGACUGUUCUAGCUGUUGAACAGAAUAAGGUUCUUAUGCCACCUUCGUAUACAAAGUACAUUGCUUGGGGCUUUGCUGAUCAUUCUCUCCGUAUUGGGAUCUAUGAGUCAGAUCGUGUGCUCUUUGUGUGCGAAACAGUUGCACAGAACUUUGGGGAAAUUCUAACGUGCGCCUGUCCCAAUGCCAGGACUAUCAUAACGGCUGGAACGAGUUCGGUUGUAACAGUUUGGGAAUUUGAUUCGCGGAAGAAGAUGUUGGCACUCAAGCAAUCUCUUCAUGGGCACACGGAUGCCAUUACAUGCUUAGCAGCUAGUCCGGCAUUUAAUGUGAUUGUUUCCGGAUCACGCGAUGGGACGGCAAUUGUAUGGGAUAUGGCCAGGUAUACGUUUGUGCGUCAAUUGAGGGAUCAUGUUGGAGUUGUAGCUGCUGUUUGUGUCAAUGAGCUCACGGGCGAUAUUGCAACAUGUUCAGCCACAUGGCUCUACAUUUGGUCCAUCAAUGGGCAUGCUCUGGCCAAUGUGAAUACAAGCAUUGGGAGUAUUGAUCGUAUGCAGCAAAUUCUCUGUGUUGCCUUCUCGUCGAAACGUGAAUGGGAUCAGCAGAAUGUGAUAAUAACUGGAUCAACUGAUGGUGUUGUUAGGAUGUGGUCAAUGGAAUACGUUCAAAUCCCCAUUGAGGAGAAGGAAAAGAAGGCAACAGCAGCAGCAGCAGCAACAACAGCUGCUGAAGUGAAGGCAGCAAAAAGACAAAAAGAAAAUACGAAUCUCAUCAAGCAAAUUAGUGGAGAAUGUAGUGCUGGUGGAGGUGGGGGGAUUGAUAAGUCCCCAAGUGAAAGUAGCAUAUCCGAAGCAUGCGACAGUGUGAAGGAGACAUCAAAACGCUUCGAGACGGAGAAGGAGGAUUGCAGUGAGAAUGAUGAGACACCGAGUCUCAGAGAUGAUGAACCACCAAUUCCACCCGUGAGGAAGAAGCAUAGCAUCUCAGCUGCAAAAUCCCUCCAUGAAUUUCGCGAUGAAGAUCCCGAUUUGGCGGCAGAUCACAAAAUUGAAAUUUCAGCAAAGAAUGGUGAUAGUGGUGAAGAACAAUCCCGUGGGAUACGUCCCAGUAAAUCAGAGACAAGUAUUACGGGAUCCUUUGUGGUGAUUGAAAAUGAAACGGCAAAGAAAUCAACUCAAAAUACUCUUAGAACAGGCUUUAAAUGGCAACGGCAAUUACUAUUUCGCUCGAAAUUAACCAUGCAUACGGCUUACGAUCGCAAGGAUAAUGCCGAACCGGCAAGUAUAACGUCCCUUGCAGUCUCGAAGGAUCACAGGACGCUCUAUGUGGGUGAUGCACGUGGGAGGCUGUUUUCGUGGAGUGUGUGCGAACAACCGGGACGCAGUAUGGCGGAUCAUUGGCUGAAAGACGAAGGGGCAGAUCAGUGUAUCAACUGUAGUGUUCGAUUCACCCUGUACGAACGGAAGCAUCACUGCAGGAACUGCGGGCAGGUUUUCUGCAAUAAAUGCAGUCGUUUUGAGUCUGAAAUCUCACGAUUGCGCAUCCUGAAGCCCGUACGUGUCUGCCAGACUUGCUAUACAUCCCUCAGGCAGGCCAAUGAGGCUGCCACGUAGACACAACACAGAGGACAAAGGUCUGGGCGAUCUUUCCCCCUUGAAAUUAAGUUGCAAUGUUAGAUAAAAAAAAAAUAGUGAUGAAACCAAAAGUAUUUAUACUGUGUAAAGUGAAAUUUUAAACUCACCAAUUGUGCGAGUAUUACAAGACACAGAGAGAUGGAGAAGAAAGAAAAAAAAAACAGAUAAAAAAUUCAUGACUAGAAACAGAAAAGAUAAGAAAUUGUGUAAAAGAGCAAGAGAAAAAAAAUAAUUGUGUACAAUGUAGAUUGAGAAAAGUAUUUAGAAGAAACUUAAAAAAAAAUUGUAGAAAAUGCAUGUAAUUUUCUGUUUUUAGACAAAAUGUGCGUAAAGCGCAAAAAGAGCGAUAUUUAGGCAAAAAUCUAUCAAAUAUAGGCCCUCCUCCCGAGCCAACCCCCUUAUAACUUCUUCAAAAGCAGUCUCAUGUAAAAUCCUCAUCACUCUCUGUAGCUAAAAAAAAAAUGAGAAUAAUUUAUUUCUUUUGUGAUUUUUUUUAUUUUACAAAAAUGUGGUAUAUAUACAAGGAUGUCGAAGGUGAAGAAGAAACACAAUAAAUUGACAAAUAUCUAUACAAGAAAAAAA